AGCUCCGUCAGCUGAGCAUGACCCCAUCAAUCAAAACCACCAGGCAGCAGCAGCGGCUCCCUCCCUAGGCUCACUCGUUCCUCCUCCGAUCCUCCCCUUGCUCUUCCUGGAGCCGCGUAUAAAUAGAGCGGCGUGGUGGCGCUGCCAUCGGCCAGCAGCCACGAUCAUGACCACCGAGUUCCUCCGGGUGAAGAAAUUCCACCACCAGCAGGAAACCGAGAGCCCCCUGAGCCUGAGGAAGAGGAUGGAGCUGCAGCCGGAGCUGUCGCUCGCCCCGGCGUGGCCGGCCUUCGCCCCCGCUCCGGCCGCCCGGAGCUCGUCGUCCGAGUCCGACGGCACCUCCAGGAAGAAGAGGAAGCACCACGCCGCCGGCACCGGCUGGGAGGAGCCCCAGCAGCCGCCAGCGAGCCUGGAGCUGCAGCUAAACGACCCGCUGCCCCUCGAUUGGGAGCAGUGCCUCGACCUCCAAUCGGGGCGGAUGUAUUACCUCAACAGGAAGACGCUGAGGAAGAGCUGGGUCAGGCCGCGGGAGCAGAGCGUGAACCUCGACCUCAACAUCUCCGCGGCCGCCAUCGUCGACACCGGCGCCGGCGUCAUCGCCGCUCCCGACGAGGACGCCGAGCGUACCAGGAGGCCCGCCGCCGGCGCCGUUAGCUCCGGAGGCAACAACAUGGUGGCCGUGCCGUGCGCCAACUGCCACCUCCUCGUCAUGCUCUGCAAGUCCUCCCCCUCCUGCCCCAACUGCAAGUUCGUGCAGCCACUGGCGCCAGCCACGCCGCGGGCGGCGCCGGCGCGGCCGGCGCACCGGAGGCUCGACGCCGCCAUCAAGCCGCUGGAGACCCUGAGCCUCCUCCACUAGGCGCGCCGACGCCACCGCCAGCAGAUGAUCGUAGAAAGCAAAACCCUAGUAGAGUAGCACUGGUGCAAUGGGUUAGUACCAGCUGGGGCAUGACUGGCUAAUAUAAGCAGCAUGCUAAUCAUGUUAAGCAUAAAACGAUGAGAUGCCAGUUGCAAGUAAAACCCAUGUAAAUGCGCCGAGCAGUCAGUCAAUUACUAGUAAUGGCGACAGAUCGAUGUGGUAGCAGCUCGCUAGCUAGAGACUGGAUGUGUUCAUUCAUAUACACGCGUACGUCAGUCACAGUCAGUACACACUGUUAGCUGCUGCACUGCUGCUGCAACAGCAAGCUUCAAUGAAACUGAGGCGGCAA